AUGGGUUUUGCCGCCUGCUCUCCUGCACCGCCCCCCGCUCCCCACUGCCAGCAACACGAGCGGAAGGUGCGCGUGCGUGAGCGGCGAGUGCGGGGACUGCGACGUGCGUGGUGUGUUUGGUGCGGACAGCAUCGACGGCGACUCACCCCUCCGCAAGCCCCCCUGUCGCCCCGAGAGGCGUUGUGCGCCGUUGCUGUGUGCGACGAUGCUGUCUCAAGGGACGGUACGGAGCGUGCGGUGGGGCGGUCCCCGGCGCGGAGCGGCUUUGGGGUGUUUGCCCAGCGGCUGCUCCCCUACGGCGGCCUCGUGUCGAACUGCUUCAGCCUGGGCUCCGUGGCGCUUGGCGGCGGCAUCAUCUCCAUGCCCUCCUCCUUCGCCAUGUCCGGCAUCGUAAUGUCCAUCAUCUACCUGGUGGUGAUCACGGCCGUGACUGUGUACUCGAUGACGCUGAUGGGCUACGCGAUGGAGAAGACGGGCGUGUACACCUACGAGGAACUGGCUCAUGUGCUGUUUGGCCGCGGCUGGGACUACUUCGCGGGCUUUGUGCUGUGGCUGUCGUGCUUCGGCACUGCAGUGGCGUACAUCAGCGCAGUGAGCAGUCUGAUCGAUCCCAUUCUGCGGAAGUCCCCCGGCACACCGGCGUAUCUGUUGACGACGAGCGGCAACCGCCUCGUGACGUCGCUGGUGUGGCUGGUGCUGAUGAUGCCCGUGAUCAUCCCCAAGCACGUGAACAGCAUCCGCUACGUCUCCGCGUUUGGCGUGGUGAUGGUGCUGUACUUCGUGGUCACGAUUGUGGUGCACUCCAGCACGAACGGCAUGAAGGAUGGCAUGCGCGGCGACAUGCAGUGCUUCACCGUCGGCAACAAGGCCAUCUACGGCCUGUCCAUCUUCAUCUUUGCGUAUCUGUGUCAAGUGGUGGCCGGCAAUGUGUACCAUGAGCAGAGGCCGCGUCCCUCGGUGAAGCAACUGACGGUGGCGAGCGCCAUCGCGAUGACGGUGUGCAUGAUGUUCUACAUCCUUGCCGGUGUCUUCGGCUACUUCGACUUCGCGGACGACACGCAGGACUCGAUCCUGUUCAACUUCGACCCGGUGCACCAGCCCUACAUGAUGGUGGCGUACAUCGGCAUGCUGGUGAAGCUGUGCGCUGCGUACGCCAUGAACAUGGUGCCGUGCCGCAACUUCAUCUACCACUGCCUGAGCUGGAACAUUGAGACACUCCCCUACUGGAAGCACAUCCUCGUGGUGCUGGCGAUGUCCGUGGUGAUCCUGAUCUGCGGACUGUUCAUUCCGAGCAUCAACACUGCCCUCGGGCUUGUGGGUUCGCUGUGUGGCGGCUUCAUUGGGUUUCUGUUCCCUGCGUACUACUGGAUGUACUGCGGUGACUGGAGCAUCAAGUCUGUGGGCAUCUGGCACUGGCUGGCCACGUACUUCCUGGUCGUGUGCGGCGUGAUUGCGAUUGUGUUCGGCGCGAUUGCGACGGUGUACUUCAGCUUUGUGGUCUAA